AUGGGAUCUGUAACGGGACACCUUCCUAUACCGCUGACUGCCAUGCUUCACUCAUCGUACGUACCUUCGCUACAGGAUCGAGCUCGCGUCCAGGAAUCUAUCGAUGAAGUGGAAUUGGCCAUUUCCGCAGUCGACGCCGAACGUCUUCGCGUUCAUGCAGCAUUAGCAGAGCUCGAGGGUCGCCGUGACCAGCUCGAGGUUACUCUGGCCACUCACCAAUCCAUUGUUGCCCCUAUUCGCAGUCUCCCACAGGAGAUUCUUCGAGAAAUAUUUCGUUUUGCAUGCGCGGGUCGCAUCGUCCAGUGGCCAUUCCACCCGACAGAAACAAGUUUGCCGUGGUUUUUGGGCAGGGUCUGCAGCUACUGGAGAACGACGUUUCUCUCCGUGCAGGGUUUAUGGGCCAAUAUCGACCUCAUAUUCAACAUGAAGUCGCCGCCGAAGAACAUGGGCAAGGUGUUGUCGUUUCUGGGGACUGUCCUGGAACGGUCGGGCGAAGAGCUUCUCACCGUUUCCGUGACAGCAGACGGGGCGGGGGUUGACAGAAUCUUGGUCGCCCUGUUAUAUCAUUCUCGGCGAUGGGCGGAUCUAUCCCUCCACGUCGAGCGCCUAUUCGAGCACUAUCCGCCACUCUUUUCGCUGGCGAAGAAUAGCCUUCCCAACCUCCGAAGGCUGCACUUGUCCACGUCUCCAAGCCACGUUGAGAACGUCGCCGUUAUCACCAACACCGUGCUGGAUGCGUUCCAGACGGCGCCCAAGCUGAGAGAAGUGGCAGUCUCAAAGAUAGCCAACCCCUUCCGCUUCGUCCACCUUCCGUGGUCUCAAAUCACCCACUACACAUCCAAAUUCAAUCAUUUCCACGAAGGAGAAUAUGUGCAGAUGCUAGCAGCGAUGCCCAAGUUGGUUUUCUUUUCCAGUGAGCGCGAACGCGUGCUGGAGAUAGGAUCUUCGCCGCCCGCUGAGUUGCCUCACCUCAAAUCGCUUACAGUUAUAAACAAGGGAAUGUACAUGGCAAAAACUCUCCGGUGCCUCUUGGCGCCGAACCUGGCUUCCCUUACCAUCAACGCCAUAACGGCGUUCCCGCAAGUGGACGUGAUGGAUUUCGUGCGGUCGCAGUGCAAGGACACCCUUACGCACCUCGACCUGACUCUGCCCAACGACACCGGCCCCGGCGUCCUCGCCAUUUUGAUGAUGACGCCGAAUUUGACAUCCCUGCGUCUGAGCAUCGCUAACCCACCGGAGGGUCUCAUAGAACGUCUGUCCUAUUUCCCCCAGUCGAAUCACGGCGUUACGUCGCUGCCCAAGCUUACGGCGCUCGAGUUGGAGUGCAAAGGAUGCUCGUAUACUGCAUCACGGGCAAUCACGGAUAUGCUGGUUUCGCGCAUGAGCGGUAGUCGGGGAGAUGACGCGACGCUCCAGUCGAUUAAAGUGAAGCUGUCGAGCCCUCCUCUUUCCGACUUUGACUCCAUCAGAGAAGCCGGGAAAUUUGCAGGAAUAGAUGUCGAUAUUGAGGUCACUUGA